AUGGUCCGCGAAACCCAAAACCAACAAGACCCGCACGAAGGCGGCUCAAUCUUCGACAUGGCAAAAGGAACCUCAAUCCCCAACGACGCCGGAAAGAUGCGCACAAUCCCCUCCGUCCCGCGCCCCGACCAACGUGUCGAACAUUUCGCCUUUGACAACGACGGCCUAGCCAAACCAACCACAGCAACAGCAGCCGAUAACGCCACCGACAUGCCACGCUCAACCCGGGACGUUGGACAGACCGGCGAAGUCCUCACCGGUGCAGGGGAUACAUUGCCAGCUGGUGUUGAGUCGAAGCGUGCGUUCAUGGGGAAUAAUGUUCCUGGUGCGCAGGCUGAUAGUCGGAGUCAGAAACAUGAUCGGCAGAAUCGGGGAGCGUUUGAUACGUAUGCGAAGGAGGAUGAGGAGUCGUGGGAUUUGGUGGGGAGAGUCAGACUUCGAAAUAGUUGGCUGAUGUGUGAGCUUUCGAGUUCAUGGAUUCCAAGAAUUGGAUUAUAG